CACAUUUUUUUAUCCCUCUGACAGCAGUAUCACUCCUGAUAAUUCACGUAAUAUGUACUAUAAAAUAUUAAAAAUAGCUGUGUCCGGGCAAAAACAUUGCUAUUUAUGUAUAUAUUUUUUCCUACUUUAUCAAUAGAAUUACUGUACCUAUAUAACAUUUAAAUCUGUCAUUUAAUUAUAAUUUUAUACAUCUCACUAAUUGGGAAAAUAUAGGGGAGACCGGGGUUAAAAAAGUCACUUAAGGGUUUAGAAAAUCUCAAAAUAUCAUAUUUCCCAAAAGAUGAAGCGAAAUGUAUAGCUAAUUUCUUUAGGAAAUUUACUGCCCUACAACUCUUUCUCAGAUCAUUUUGUUCUAUCUAGCUAGGAAAUAUGAUAUUUUAGGCUUUUUCUAAACCCUUAAGUGACUUUAUUAGCCCCGCUCUCCCCUAAUCAUUUUUUGAGAAGGAUAAAAUGAUUGAUAAAAAGUAUUUAAAGUAAAAGUUAUAAAAACUCUAACCAAAUGGCUCGGAUUAUUAAGUUUCCAGUAAUCUCUUAUAAACUACAGGUAUAACAUAUCCCGGAAUUUCAGUUCUCACGCAUGAGUUUCAGAUGAAUUGAAAUUCUUAAGAAAAUGAUAAAUUAACUUGAAUCAUCUCAAAGCUUUUCAAUUUUUUUUUUCAAUUCUAAUCGCUUUUUUUUUAACUUGAAAAAUUUUGUUUUGUUUUUAUUCUCAUUAAAUGUUUCAACAACAGAACUCAAAAAAAAGUAAAUUGUACUACAUAUUUAACCCGAAGGUAUCCCUACAUUUUUUGCUUAAUAAGACAGAUUGCCUGGUCAAGUGCACUUGCACUGAGCUGAGUGCACUAUGCACGUGCUCAAUCAGAUACAAUGGCAACAUUAUGACCUCAAUGAAUCAAUACAUGAGAAUUCGUAAUUAAAUAUCCGUGCAUAAAACAAUCAAGAGGGGCAUAAUCAACGUCGUGAACGGCAUGAUUUUUUAUAUGCAUAAAUAGUAGGUACAUAAUGCUCAACUUUUGCAAUUGGAUGGGAAAUAUUGGCAAAAAGUGCAACAGGUCACCGUUAAAUUUAAAUAAUUUAUUGGCACUAAUGGACCUCUAAGCAUUUUAUAUACAUAUCACUGCCUCUAUGGAGGUGUUCUAAUUCAAUAAAUUGUCCCCGCCAAAUGAACCCAUCCUAUCUAAUAUUGGUACGAUAAACCAUUUCCGUGGGUGGCCCGACUAAAUUAUUGACUGUGUUAAACCACCCUACUAAAUUGAAUGGUAUGAUUUUUCUACGUCACAACCACCCCAUGUUCUUACAUAAGCCCCUCGUUCUUUUCUAUUUUUCCAUUAGCGACACUCGGUGGCAAUAGGCAAGGGACGUGGAUAGAGCCUUGGCGUCACCCGACGUGCCCCAAACGAGGGGCUUAUGAUUACCUGUAGUUUGCGUUUAAAUAUAUGUAGGUAUUUAAAAAAAAAUAUAUUUUCUUAUAUACAACGAUUUGUAUUAUGUGAAUCACAGAGGUUCAAUUAAAUUGAACAAAUUAUUAGUUUCCCAUUCAACAGCGCAAUUGAGAAUUACAGAGAGGAGAUGCGGAACCAUUGUGUAACCUAUAGAUACAUAUUUUGCAUUACAGCCAUUAAAACUAUAUAAAUCGAAGUAUUAAAAAAAUAUUUUAUUUUAAAAAAGAAUGCCUAGAAAGAUAAGUCACGAUUUUAACGGCUAACAACUUUUGAUUGAAUUUAGAUAUUUGAAAACUUCUAUCUCGCAUAAAAUGCGCAAACUCAAAAAGUUUUAGAUCAGAAUGUGAAAGUUUCCCUUCUGUUAAAGAACUUAAAAAUUAAUUUUAUUUCAUAAUUUAAAAAUAAGUAGGUAUGCCAAGCAUUUUUUUCUUUAAACCACAAUACAUGAGGUCUAAUCGACUGUCCAGCUGAUUUUAAAAUUCCUACUUGACUCUUCGUACCAGGCACAAAUUAUUUGUCAAUUUAGAGUCUAUUUAUUAAUUUGCUCUUUGCCAAUUGAGAGCCCCUCCGUUGAACCACAAUUGGUAGUACAUACCAAUCAAUUUCUAUGGCAACUUUAGCAUGGAGUAUUUGUUGGUUCGCUGAAAAGAAGUGCCUCGGUAUUCCUCAACUUUGGCGAGUGUCAGUGGAGUUUGGACAUUAGUGCGCAACGGACGAAAGAAUCCCAUUGAUUUUCCCACUUUUCCAACACCUUGUGGAAAUUUGCCCUACGCGAGAAAGAUCAUUUUCGAGGUUGAUUGGAAAAUGUACUGACAGGGAUGGCAUAGCUUGGAAUACUUCGAUUGACGUUAUAAAAAGUGAACUUUUUUUUAAAAGUUAUUUUAUUGUUUUGUCCGCAAGCCAUGAGAAGCUGAACUGUGUGCCCCGGAGGUCGGCAGUGCCUAUCAUUUCUCGCAAUUUGUGAGACACGCCAAAAUUGGCGGAAUUGUUCAUAUCAAUUUCUGCCUCAUGUGUGAACCAUAUCAUUUGAAUUUUGUAUAUCAGAAGUAUAACGCAUAAUUGGUCUCUGUGCGUGUUGCAAGAUAAAUUGAUGAUAAUUAUAUCCAGUGGAAGAGUGCAGCAGCGGUCUGAGUCUUUAGUCCACUCUCAACACGACACCACGUAUUGGUGUUUAGUCUGUGCCCUGAGGAUUGCCAUUUCUUUUUUUUCCCCAAGAGUUACCGCACAUAGAGAAAAGUAGAGAAAUUACAUAAUCAACCUAUUGCAUGCAAUAUUGGAUAGAAGAGUUUCAAUGGAAAUUUAAUGGAGAAAAACUCGUAAAGAAAGGUUCAUGAAGAAAUAUCUCGUGUUCUUAUCCAUUUAUAAUUAUCGUACUAAAGUCUCGCACACACGAAAACUAUAUAGAACUACGAGUCCCUUGAUCAGUGCCGGUAUUUCGAGCUGUAUAGAAAAGAACACAAGAUUAGCAAGAGGAAAGUGAAUAUUUCAGUGUAGAAAGAAAGAAAAAAAAACGGAAGUGCAUAAGCAUGGGAAAACACCGGAAUAGCGUUCCAUCUGGUUGUAGUAGUUUGGAAAGCCUUGCUCCAGGAGCUUCACAAACCCUACAACUUAGUCACUAUGACACAGUAGUUAACUUCCUCAACAAUCACCCCACAACGACAUUGGGUGCGGCCGCGAAGGGCGAGUCUUCAACCACCCUCCAACCACCCCCGACUCAACCUCCAAUCUGGGUCAAGCGCUCCAUUGACCAAAAUAAUCUCUGCAAUGGGUCCGUGGUCAACACACCAGGACAUCAGCUAGUGCGUAAAGUGCACAAUCAGAGCCCCAAUGGACAGAAGAAGCCCAUGGUGACACUAACACACUUGCCUAAUCGACCACCUGUCGAUAUUGAAUUCAACGACAUCUCCUACUCCGUUUCCGAGGGCCGGAAGCGAGGCUUCAAAACUAUUCUCAAAGCAGUCAAUGGAAAAUUCAAAUCAGGCCUAUUGACAGCCAUUAUGGGCCCAUCAGGGGCUGGAAAGAGCACACUUAUGAAUAUUUUAGCUGGUUAUAAAACAUCCCACCUAAGCGGAACUGUGAUGAUAAAUGGAAAGGAGAGGAAUCUGCGGCGUUUCCGAAAGCUUUCAUGUUACAUCAUGCAGGAUGAUCGUCUGUUGCCAUACAUCACAGUCAGGGAGGCGAUGAUGAUUUCGGCGAAUUUAAAGCUAGGCAAAGACAUGACAGUUGCGGUAAAGAGGGUGGUUGUUGAGGAAAUCAUUGAGACACUAGGCCUAGUUGAGUGUAGCAACACACUCACGCUCAAUUUGUCUGGAGGACAGAGGAAGCGCCUCUCAAUUGCUCUGGAAUUAGUAAAUAAUCCGCCAGUGAUGUUCUUCGAUGAACCAACCAGUGGUUUGGAUAGUUCAACAUGCUUCCAACUCAUUUCGCUGCUGAAGAAUCUAGCUCGUGGCGGAAGGACCGUGGUGUGUACAAUUCAUCAACCAUCAGCUAGACUUUUUGAGAUGUUCGAUCAUCUCUACAUGCUAGCUGAGGGUCAGUGCAUCUACAAAGGAUCUGUUCGGGGGCUGGUUCCCUUCCUUUCGGAUCUUGGCUUUGACUGCCCCAGUUAUCACAAUCCAGCUGACUAUGUUAUGGAAGUUGCUUGUGGUGAUUAUGGCGAAUGUUUGCAUAAGUUGGUGAUGGCCGUGAAGAAUGGCAAAUGUGCCAAUUAUACGUCAUCGUCGUCCAACGAAAAGUUAAUUGGCAACGGAAGCAAUGGAAUUGCCAAUGAUAUCUCUAAACCGCACAAUUCUACAGCCCUCCGCCCUGGUGACGUCCAAGAGACAUCACUGACCAAAUUUCCACCCUCAAAGUCUGACUUUACCGCCAUCACAAUGCCCAGCGAUGAGGGUACCACCAAGAGCACAGCCCCCACAACACCGGGCGCCACCUGCACAACAUCCCUUCUUGAUUCGAGCGAAAGUGUAAUGGCUCUGCCCAACAAGUCGGGUUUUCCCACAUCUGGAUGGCUUCAAUUUUGGAUUCUUCUCAAGCGCACUUUCCUCACGAUUAUGCGGGAUCAACAGCUCACCCAUAUGCGGUUGCUAUCACAUGUCAUUGUUGGGACUAUCAUCGGAAUGAUCUACUACGAUAUCGGAAAUGAGGCAUCAAAAGUAAUGAGUAAUGCUGGAUGUGUAUUCUUUACAGUUCUCUUCACAAUGUUCACUGCAAUGAUGCCAACUAUUCUAACAUUCCCAACGGAAAUGGCAGUUUUUGUGCGAGAACACCUCAACUACUGGUACUCACUGAAAGCUUUCUACUUUGCCAAGACGAUGGCGGAUCUUCCCUUCCAAAUACUCUUCUCAAGUGUCUAUGUGGGCGUCGUGUACUACCUCACGUCGCAACCAAUGGAAUGGACACGAGUUACAAUGUUCGUUCUUAUAUGCUUACUCACAUCUCUCGUGGCACAGAGCCUGGGGCUAUUGAUGGGUGCAGGAUUAAGUGUUGAACUUGGUGUUUUCCUUGGGCCCGUCUCCACAAUACCUACAAUCCUCUUUUCCGGCUUCUUUGUCAAUUUGGACACCAUUCCCGGGUACCUACAGUGGGUUACGUACGUCAGCUAUGUUCGAUAUGGAUUUGAAGGUGCUAUGAUUGCCGUCUACGGGAUGGAUCGUGAGAAGAUGCGAUGCUCAGAGAUGUACUGCCACUUUAGGAGUCCCAAAAAAUUCCUCGAGGAAAUGUCAAUGGAGAAUGCGGAGUUCUGGAUUGAUGCCACAGCUCUAAUAGGCAUAUUUAUUGCCCUGAGAAUUGUGGCAUAUUUCGUACUCCGCUGGAAAAUACAUUCCAUCCGCUAAGAAUCAAUUAAUCAACAUUUUUCUUACAAAAAUUCAGACGUGUAGCAAAUUGGAUCAUUUCUUCGUGGUAACAUUAGCAUGUAGAGUUGUUUACCUAUCAAAAAAAAAAUAAUCAUAGCUGAUAAAUAUCCUGACGUAGGAGGUAUAAUAUACACAAUUUCGCUGCAUUACAAGUAGAUUGAGAAAAAAAGAAACGAAAGUGGAUGGAUUCUAGGUCCAUUUAGAAAAAAAUGUUUAUUAUACUGAUUGGACUGUCAAGUAGAAUGAAAACAACGUUUUUUUUUUCGGUCAAACAUUUUAUCAAUGAAGAUUCUAUAUUUAUUGGAAAUAAUUGAAGAGUGAAUUAGAGAAUACGUAUAUUUUGUACGUCACUACCUUUUGAUAUUAUCAUUAGAAUUUAGAUUUGUGGACUUGAUCUAUAUUUGGAUAGAGGAACAGCAUUAUUUAGAGUCUCCCCCUUUAAGCGGGGAGUUUUAAUUGACAAAAUAUUCAUACUAUCGAAUGCAUGAAUACAGAAAUUUUUUCAUAAAAAAUAUACAUUUGUAUGAAUAUGCAUAUUCGUAAAUUAAGGGUGUUUAGUUUAUUAUUAUGUUUUUUUUUAUUUUAUUAAAAAUUUAUCAUAGGCAUUCAUUCAUAAAGUUCAAUUCUUAUAUUUUUUUUAAAUAAAAAAAGCGUGUUUAAAAUUUAAGAAAUCAAAAACUCAAUAAUAUCGUACAUAUUUCAAUAGAAACUGUAUAAUAGCGAUUUUCGGUGGAUUUGUCGGAAUCAUUUUUUUUUCAACUUGAAUUGGGAAAUUGCACAAAUACUCUUUUAAGUUUUCUUUCGAAGGAAAAACAAAUAAAUAAAAUAUACAUGCUCAUAAAGUAUAAGAAACAUUUCAAUAGUUCUUAAAAACAAAGUGGCGCAACCACUCAAAAGAAAAUUGCAAUAGAGAGCAGAAAAUGAAAAUAAAAAAAACAACGGAAAAUUUAAAUUUUUUUCAUCAUAUUGUGAUAAAUACAGUAUUUAAGAGUUAAUGAACAUGAAUAUAUACCAUAUUCCAAGUAAUACAAAAAACCAAAAUGAUAAAUAGCCUAUUCUCCCCUUUUAGCAAAAUGUAAAGCAUUGUGUAAUUCCCAUUUUUAGGUGCUCCAUUGACUCAAAAGAAAAAACGGAAUACUAAUUAUAUUUCUUUUAUCAAUGGCAAUUUAUGUUGACUCGCUCCUUCAUUUGAAAGGAUCAAUUGUAAUUCUUAGUCUGCUAUCCUCUAUAUUAUGUACAUGGAAUGGCAAGAUGGCAAGAAAAGGUAAAUGUGUGAGGCAAAAGAGAAAAAAAAUCAAUUUUGUGAUAAUUAAAUGAAUAAAUAGCGAGAAUAAUGGCAGAGAAUGUGGAAGAAAUAGCAAUGGAUCUCGGUAGCACACACCCUUUUAUAGUUUAUAACCUCCACAGACCUUCGACAAUGUAACCUCUUGACCCUGAGUCAACCAGCAAAAGUGGAAUAUAUUCAAAUAGUGUGAUGAAAAUAGCGCGAAAGGUUUUUAUUUGAUAAAAAAAAAUCAAUAAAUUCAGAAAAUAAAUCAUACAUUAUCGUA